AUGUCUAGCUCUGGUAGCCCUGAUCCGAAGGAGCAACAGCAAGAUAAACAGCCGAAAGAGCAACAUCAUAAGGAAUUAAAGAAGCAACAAUCUAAAAAAAUUACAGAGGGAGAGGCAGAUUUGUAUCUUGACCAGUAUAAUUUCACUACAACAGCAGCAAUAGUCAGUUCUGUCGAUCGUAAAAUAUUCGUGCUAUUACGUGAUGGUAGAUUGCUUUUCGGUGUUUUAAGAACGUUUGAUCAAUACGCAAAUCUAAUAUUACAACAUUGUGUUGAAAGAAUAUACUUGACUGAUGAAAAUAAGUAUGCUGAAGAAGAUCGUGGUGUUUUCAUGAUCCGUGGUGAAAAUGUUGUAAUGUUAGGAGAAGUUGAUAUCGACAAAGAAGAUCAACCUUUAGAGUUAAUGGAAAGUAUACCUUUCAGAGAAGCAGAAAUGAUUAAAAAGACAAAUGACGCUGCCAGAUUUAAAUCAGAGACACAUAAGACCAAACUCUACGCUCGUUAUGGGCUCACUCAUGAUUUCCAUAGAACCGAUAUGUACUAA